CGAAUCUGAACUUUGCCAGUUUGUCCUUACCCUUACACUCACUGGUACUUGUUGCACGAGACGAUCCGAGCCUCUGAGUUUAACAAGGGAAUUAUAAUUACGCCAACUAGUGUGCCGGAGAGGAACUCACUCGGCGCAAGCUUGUGGCGGACGAAUCGAGUGCGGUUCAUUCACUUCCUGUGAGAAGCUGGGCGUCUUCGAGCCAUGGGUAUUACUGGCAGGGGAUCUGGUACUGAGGAAGGAGGUUCAAAGAGAACGUUCAAGCAUAAAGAACCACCUGUCGAAGAGCUGGUGCCUCCAGACGGUGGCUGGGGUUGGUUCAUUGUACUCGCUUGUGGUAUCAUGCAGUUCGUGCUGCCGACGCUCUCCACGUGCUUCGGACUCGUGUACGUCCGCCUCGUGUCGUCAGGAUACACGAACUCCCAGGUGGCGCCCAUUCCUGGCCUCUUGUAUGGCCUCUCAUGUCUCAUCGGUCCUCUGGCCACCAGUCUCAGCCGCUACUACAGCCACCGUCGACUCAGCGUCUUCGGCAUUUGUACAAUGGCCGCGGGGGUGUUCCUCAGCGCCUUCUGGGACAACCUGUCUUGGCUCUACGUCUGCUUUGGAGUUGUUGGAGGCUUGGGCCGCGGCCUUGUGAAUCCUCAAGGCUUCAUCCUGGGCCAGAUGUACUUCCGCCGAAGGAGGGUGGCCGCCAACGCCCUCUCGAUGCUGGGAUCCUCGCUGGGCUUCAUGGUGAUGCCGCCCCUCGUCAGGUUCCUCGCCAACACGUACGCCCACCAGGGCGCCCUCCUGCUGUGGUCGGCUAUCCUGCUGCACGGCCUCGUGGGCGCCGCUCUCUACCAGCCGGUCGAGUGGCACCUGAAGCCCAACCCGCUGGCCAGCGUUCGCCUGAUCGAAGCCAGACCGUGCCAGGAAGAGACCCAUAAUGGCACAAGGGUAAAUGAUUCGGACGAUUUUGAUGGAGAGGAGUUCGGAAAUGAAUCGCGUGACACAGAAGCUGAAAGCAACUGUCAGAUGCACCCUCAUGACCCCUGUCCCUGUCAUAGACCCCUCGAGUCAACGACUCCGGAAGGGGAAGCGCAGGUAUUUCUCGCCGAAGCAGGGGAGGGCGAGCAUGUGGGCGGCGGCAGAAGGGUAGCAAGUGUUAUCAGAACUUCCCUCCGUAGCAACCUCUACAGCUCAUGUGACGUCAUCGACCAAUUUAGCAGCGCCCUCUCGCUUGAAGGGGGAAAGCUGAAGGGCAGUAAUGGCAACGUUGCAGAAAAGGGCGAUAAAAUGUCGACAGAACACCAGUUCAUAAUCCUGUGCGGGGUGAAGUUUCCCAGAUUUUCGGACAUAAUCCAUUUCAGAAUAUUAUUGCAUCCGAUUUUCCUCAUCGUGUCCAUCUCUAGUAUUGCCAACAGAAUGGUGUUCAUGAACUUCGUCACGUACAUCCCGGCCGUGGGGGAGGACCUGAACCUCUCGGACGAGGCGCCCUUCAUGCUCACCAUCAUCUCCUUGGCUGACCUUGUCGCCAAGGGCAUCAUGGCCAUCGUCAGCGACCGCGGAUGGUGCCAGCGUCGCUACUUCGUCAUCGCCGGCGGCGUCAGUGCUUCUGCAGCUGCCUUGACGGUGCCCCUGACGUGGAACUUCCUGAGCCUCGCCUCCUGCUGUGCCUUGUACGGGUUCAGCCUUGGCGUCGUCGUGUCAGUGGCCCCCGUCCUGCUGGUGGAGUACCUCGGCCUCAAGCUCCUCCCCUACACCUUUGGGCUCCUCCUCUUCAUGAAUGGGGUGUCUUCGCUCAUUAUAUUCCCCCUCACCGGAGUCGUCAAUGACAUAAUGGAUAACUAUACGUCGACCUACUAUGUACUGGGCGGCCUCUCCCUGCUGCCGGCUAUACUGUGGAGUCUUGUGCCUUUAGUUAAGCAGGAUGAAAUCAAGAAUCCUGUUUAAAUGGCUUUUUUUUCCAGGGUGCUACGAUAAAAGAUUUGCUCAUGAAUAAGUAGAGUUAUUUACUUAGCCAAAAAUACAAAGAGUACCUGAAAAAAAAGCAUUAGUAAAAUUCUCGAGGAUGAAUAAAUUAUUUAAAUCCUUAUUUAGUGGAUAUUCCUCUCCAGUCCCCUAACAAGUUAAAUGAUGUACCGAUUUUCAACACAGAUAAUCCCUUAAUAUAGAGAAAAAUUGUAAAGAUUGAACUUACUGUUUAAUAUAAAACACAGAAUGGAAAGUGCUUUGUAUUAGGCAUUUCGUGAGUGCACAACACAUGACAUAUUCCGCUUCAGAACACUGUUUAAGCCUACUGAAGAGUAAGUCAAGACAAACUUCAUAUUAUAAAAGAUACUCUCGGAUUGUUCUGUAGUGUAAAGUAUUGUUUAGAAGUAAUUUAUUCAUUUAUGUGUUAUAAGAAUAAAUGGGUCGAUGUAUGAAUGAAUUAGAGAAACACCAAACCUAUUAAAAAUACCAAAUAUAUUACCACUGGGUGUCGUGAUUCUUUUUCAGGGAGAUAGAAUGGUUGGUAACUCUUUUUGUACUAAUUAUACCGUGAAAAUUCGUUGGUUUCAAUUUGUAUCGUUCAUGGUAGCUUGAUAAGAGAUAUAUAGCUGAACUGAUGCUGGAUUAUGUUGGGGAUUUUAGCUUUGUGCUUUGAAUUCAGUCAAGGGCGUUUUUCUGUCUAGUCUGCCCGUUUUUAUGAAUGUCCGUGUUUU